AUGUCCUCGGUCAAGAGCGCUUCGGCGCCGAUCUACUUUGGCUCGUUCCUGGUGACUCCGCAAGUCUUCCACCAGACGCCGCUCUCCUUCGCCCUCGUGAACCUAAAGCCCAUCCUCCCCGGCCAUGUCCUCGUCUCACCUCGCCGCGUCGUGCCCCGCGUCGCAGACCUCACCCCCGCCGAAACCAGCGACCUCUUUCUGACCGUCCGACGCGUCGGCCGCAUGGUGGAGCGGCUCUACGGUGCGACAAGCCUCAACAUUGCGGUGCAGGAUGGCGUCCAUGCUGGCCAGAGCGUGCCGCACGUCCAUGCGCAUAUCAUUCCGCGCAAGCCCGCAGAUCUCGACCCUAUCGAUGCUGUCUACGAUAUGCUGGACGGAGACGAGGGGGAUCUAGGCAGGGCGCAGCGCGAGGCGGAGACUGGGUGCGCUGCUGAAUCCGAGCGAGCCAAGAACCGUCCCCGAUUCCCUGUUGUUGAUAAUGAGGAGCGCAAGCCUCGUACCGCGGAGGAAAUGAAGGCUGAGGCUGAGAUGCUGCGGCGCGAGAUGGAGAAGGAGGCCCUUGACUAG